AUGAUCCACCGCGAAGUAGUAGCCGAUGGUCUAGAGCGUCUUUGGAACGUAAGAGUAAACUGCAUAUGGGAAGCCGAUGAAAGUAGUCGCCAUGGAGAGGUUUAUAUAUUCGACCAUGUAUUUAAGCAGGAAUGUACAAAUUCAGAUGUAUAUGGAUCUGUAGUAAAACCUUUAGUCGAUUCCUUCAUGGAAGGUUUCAAUGCCACAAUAUUUGCAUAUGGCCAAACAUCUUCUGGCAAAACACACACCAUUUUGGGCAAUAAAACAGAUCCUGGGCUUUUCCAAUUAGUAUCCAAUCAGUUAUUCCAGCAUGUGGCCAGACCGGUUGAUAAGAGGUACUUGAUUAGAUGCAGUUAUAUUGAAAUCUACAAUGAAAAGAUCAAUGACCUCCUGGAUAAGAGCAAUCAGGGUUUAACUAUAAGAGAGAUAUCAAAGGAAAUGUGCUGCUUGCUGCAAGGAAGCUGUCGUAGACAAUGUUGA